UUUGUUUGUUUAUUUAUUCUACAAAGGGAGCUGGCCAGCUUCAAGAGACAGCUUGAGACAUCCUGUGACAGAUGCCACCUGACCCACAUAUCCAGAGAGAACCGUCAGAUGAGAGCGAGAUCUAGAGCCAUUAAAAGAAAGACGCUACCUGAGCAACACAGACCAGCAGAUCAGCCAGACUUCAUUUAUCAGAGAGCCAUUUUCAUUCCACAGCUCUUUCUUGCCCUUUCCCAGCUCUGUCCCUCUCUCCCACACACUGUGACAGAGGCAUCUCAAGACCCUGCCCCCCUUCUCUCAUUUUUUCCCAUACACCCAUAUAUAUUAUGUCAUCGAUUCAUAUCUGCUGUUUCCAAUCACCCAUCCCUGUUUGUGUAGGUGAUGCUCCUUUUCUCUGAAAACCCAUUCUGUGUCUGUGUCUGUGCAUCCAACAUCAUUUGUACAUUUUCUAGAAUACAUGCAUAAACAUUUUAUUGUGCUUCAUCCCUACAUGUUGUCUGAUACAUAUCGUUUUAGACCUCACAUUAAGGCACAUAUAUAGACCCAUAUAUAUGUAUAUAUAUAUGCACCGAGCUGUAUGCACAGGGUACACAUUUGUUACCGUACAGAAGCAAACAGGUAAAAUAAUAUAUUGACACACACUCAGUGGCAUUCUGUCCUGACUCAUUGUAACAGGCUGCUUUGUACACACAGCUUCAGGAUGUGAGUAUACAAAAUAAUUGCACUGAGCAAGGCUAUGUAUAUGUCUAUAUGUGCAUGACAAUCUGUAAAAUCUGUGUAGAUAAUAGUAUGAAAUAUACAGUUUUGUGCGUAAGAGAAUCAAGAAUAGGCACAUGGUAUAUAUAUAUAUAUAUAUGGUUUUACCCCCUGGAAGCAAAGGGCCUUUAACAAUAAGGGGCUAAAACAUUAACCCACGAUACCUUACCUAUACUUAAUGCUUUAUUAGACAAUGAGAGCUAUUUUGUGUAAUGUAUAUCGUGUUUGAUUGUGUCAUGAUACUUGUAUGCAUGUAGUGCUUUGGUAAAUAGUGAAUAUUACGGUGAAUCAAAUCAGUUAUUAGCCGUGCUUAUCUCUCGGGCCUUCUCUGUAUUUGAUUUAUUGUCUCAGUGUAAAGCGCAAUAAUAAAUGAUGGAUAGCACAUAGCUGGGAUAUGUACCUACAUCCAUCUAAUGCAUAUAUAUAUUAACAUAUUCAAAUUCGCAUACAGGCAAAGAAAGCAAGCAUUGAAUGGACUGUUUUUGCUUUUUAUCUUGUCCAUAGAAAAUAGUUCAAACCAUUAUGCUUGCAAGUCUUGUUUAAAGCUAUGCUGUAUUGUAUUUCUACUUAGAAGAUUAAAUGCUUAUUUUAGAGGGUUGUUUACUUAAUUUAAGGGGUAAAACGCAGAAAAAAAAUAAAGAAUAAUUAACAGAAUGCUGAAAUAGCUGUAGUCUUAGAGUGAUAACCGUUUCAGUGCCAGAAGUAGGGAGAUUACUUUUUACAGUUAUUUACUAAAGUAUGAACUGUUAAAAACUCAAAGUGACUUUCAAAGAAGCACACUAGAAAAUAAUCCCCAUAUCAUUUAGGAUUUGGGCAUUUUGCCCUAUAAUCUGAAUUCCUUUUGAACUCUCAACAAUUUGCAGUAUAGUGAAUAAAACUACCAUCCUUAUUGGUCUAAUAGUUUAAAAUUCGACUGGGUAAUUAUUAUCACAAAAAAUAUGUGUCGGAAUUAAAUGAAUAGGGCUGAAAAUCUGGUCUACAAAAAUAAACUCCUGUGCUAGAAGGGGCAUAAUUAUGUGUCCAAAAUGAGUAUAUCAAGUGCAUACAUAGAAUGGUGACUGAUUCAGAUUAUAUAAAUUAGCAAAACACAUUUUUAAAGAAAAAUUGUUUGGCACAACCCUUAUACAGUGAGGGGAAAAAGUAUUUGAUCCCCUGCUGACUUUGAACGUGUGCCCACUGACAAAAAAAUGAUCAGUCUAUAAUUUUAAUAGUAGGUGUAUUUUAACAGUGAGAGACAAAAUAAAAAAAAAUCCAGAAAAUGCAUUUCAAAAAAGUUACAAAUUGAUUUGCAUGUCAAUGAGUUAAAUAAGUAUUUGACCCCUUCGACUUAGUACUUGGUGGCAAAACCCUUGUUGGCAAGCACGGAGGUCAGAUGUUUCUUUUAGUUGGCCACCAGACUGACUAGGCAUCUCCAGGAUGUUCUUCUUCUUGAAGCCACUCCUUUGUUGCCUUGGCUGUGUAUUUUGGGUCAUUGGUAUGCAGGAAUACCCAUCCUCGACCCAUUUUCAAUGCCGUGGCCGAGGGAAGGAGGUUGUCACCCAAGAUUUGACGGUACAUGGCACCGUCAAUCGUCGCUUUGAUGCGGUACAGUUGUCCUGUCCUCUUAGCAGAACCCCCCCCCCCAAAGCAUAAUGUUUCCACCUCCAUGUUUGAUGGUGGGGAUGGUGUUUUUGGGGUCAUAGGUAGCAUUCUUUCUCCUCCAAACACGGCAAGUUGAGUUGAUGCCAAAGAGCUUGAUUUUGGUCUCAUCUGACCACAACACUUUCACCCAGUUCUCCCUUGAAUCAUUUAGAUGUUCAUUGGCAAACUUCAGAUGGACCUGUACAUGUGCUUUCUUGAGCAGAUGGACCUUGCAGGCGCUGCAGGAUUUCAGUCCUUCAUGACGUAGUGUGUUACCAAUUUUUUUCUUGGUGACUAUGGUCCCAGUUGCCUUGAGAUCAUUAACAAGACCCUCCCGUGUAGUUCUGGGCUGAUUCCUCACCAUUCUCAUUAUCAUUUAAACUCCACUAGGAGAUAUCUUUCAUGGAGCACCAGACCGAGGGAGACUGACAUUUAUUUUGUGUUUCUUCCAUUUGCGAAUAAUCGCACCAACUGUUGUCCCGUUCUCACCAAGCUGCUUGGCGAUGGUCUUGUAGCCCAUUCCAGCCUUGUGUAGGUUUACAAUUUUGUCCCUGACAUCCUUGGACAGCUCUUUGGUCUUGGCCAUGGUGGAGAGUUUGGAAUCUGAUUGAGUGAUUGCUUCUGUGGACAGGUGUCUUUUUUUAUACAGGUAAUGAGCUGAGAUUAGGAGCACUCCCUUUAAGAGAGUGCUCCUAAUUUCCGCUCAUUACCUAUAUAAACGUUACCUGGGAGCUUUUAUAAAUACUUAUUUCACUCAUUGACAUGCAAAUCAAUUUAUAACUUUUUUGACAUGCGUUUUUCUGGAUAUUUUUUUUGUUAUUCUGUCUCUCGCUGUUAAAAUACAUCUACCAUAAAAAUUAUAGACUGAUUAUUUCUUUGUCAGUGGGCAAACGUUCAAAAUCAGCAGGGGAUCAAAUACUUUUUUUUCCUCACUGUAUUUAAUUAUGUUAAAAUGUACGAAUAAUACAAUCAGUAAAUUGAUAGACAGUCUCUCUCCGUAUUAUCUUCAGAUUUCUCCCACCCUUUUCUAUACUCACAGGGAUAUUCAAAAGGUGUAAAUGGUCAAGAAUUCAAAGGGAAUUUUAAAUUCUAGAGCAGAAUUGGAAACAUUCUCUUACUCCAUCAUGUUUUCAGUUAUUUUGACAUAGAAUUGUAAAUAAUUUUGAAUUCACUUUCAGUUCAUGACAUUGUACACUUUUAUGAAUAACUCUGGCAAUAAGAGAGACAAUGGUCCAAGAACUAUCAUCUUUCAGCCACUUAUUUUAACAACACACUGAACUUACCUCUUCAUUCACUGAUUAUUUUAUACUUAAUACCUUACUUAUUAAUUUAUAAUACUUAUCAUGAGUGAAUAUCUUUCAUGUUACUCCCUGUUUUCUUUUUUUGAAGGUGGCAGUAAGUUAAUGUUUGAACAGACCCAGCAUGCUGGUUCAUGUGGCUAUGACAGAUUUGGAGAUAUUGGGGGCAUCGGAUCCCCACCCCUGAGACAGUUGACAGAGGUUCAAAUACCUCAACUGAAAUGGUGAGUCACUUUGCAGGUUUCAGAGUUAAAUUUAAGUGUCAUAAGAUCAAAAAAGUGCCACUAUCAGAAAAGUGGGGACACCUUUCAUUGCUUUACAUAAUACCUCCCUCUAUACCUUUCACCCCCUUUUCCACCAAUAGCAUGCUUCUCAGAGAGAAGCAUUCACACCAAUGUUUCUUGGUGAAAAGCACCGAAUGAGGAUGGUGUAACUAAUUCAUUAAGGACGGUGUAACUUGAGGAACUGAUUGAGGAAGGUGUAACUAAGAAAUCUUCUAACAGUGCAGAUUUUUUUAGAAAUCAAAAAAUAAAAGGAGGAUAGCCAAUCAACCCUUAAAGUAGUUCACCGAGCUGAGAUUGUGUAGGGGUUGGAGUGUCCCUUUAAGUGGAAAAACCUGUAGAUUCUGAAUAGGCAUUGCUGCGGUUAAAUUUAAGAAUUCACAGUCUCCAAACCACUCCAUAUAAUGGGAUGUAUGGAUACAGGAGUGGUGAGACCUCACUUAGAGUAUUGUACGCAGUACUGAAGACUGUAUCUCCAGAAGGAUAUUGAUACUUUGGAAAGAGUUCAGAGAAGGGCUACUAAACUGGUUCAUGGAUUGCAGGAUAAAACUUACCAGGAAAGGUUAAAGGAUCUUAAUAUGAUUAGCUUGGAGGAAAGACGAGACAGGGGGGAUAUGAUAGAAACAUUUAAAUACUUAAAGAGAAUCAACACAGUAAAGGAGGAGACCAUAUUUAAAAUAAGAAAAACUAUCACAACAUGAGGACAUAGUCUUAAAUUAGAGGGGCAAAGGUUUAAAAAUAAUAUCAGGAAGUAUUUACUGAGACCGUAGUGGAUGCAUGGAAUACCCUUCCAGCUGAACACAGUAAAGGAGUUUAAGCAUGCAUGGGAUAGGCAUAAGGCUAUCCUAACUAUAAGAUAUGGAGAGGGACUGAUGAAAGUAUUUAGAAAAUUGGGCAGACUAGAUGUGCUGAAUGGUUCUUACCUGCCGUCACAUUCUAUGUUUCUAUGAGUGGCAGCUGGGUGACCAAGAAUGGGUGGUGAUAAUGGACUGGCCUAUUGUCACUUGGACAGCAGGGAACUAACCCCAAACAGCAGGACAGAAUCCCAAAUUCAGAACAUUCCUCUUGAACCUGGGUCAAUUGUGAAGUAUGAAACUCAGGCAAGAUUCAUUUGGCAUUAGACUGAAAACAGAUGCCAUGCAUUACUUAGGGCAGGGCUAGGUAACCUUCAACACAGGGGAGUACCUAGAGCAUUUGGCAUCCGGCACGGAUCCUGUAUUUGGCACCACCCCAACUUUAAAAUGUAUAAAACACCAGCAAUUUUUAAAAAUGUUUUCAAGAAUAUUAAUUGCACACAUGUGUAGACUGUAUGUUAGAAAGAGUCCCCUCAAGGCCCCAUUAGAGACUAUAAUGGGGUCUAACGGAUUCUGGAGAGGGGGCUGUUUUACACACUGGCCCCCAUUCACAAUAUUGUAACGUAACAUAGUGUCUAUUUAUGCCCCCUCCUCCUGUUUUCUUCUUGGUCCCCAUCCCUUCAUGUGACCGUCUUUUGCCCCUUCUCCUCUUGUGCCCUUAUUUUGCCCUCCCUUUCUUCCUGUGCCAUUCUUUUGCCCCCCCUCCUGUGCUGUGCCCUUACUUGGCCUACCUCCCCUCCUGUGCCUUCGUUUGCCUCCCUUCCCUCCUGUGCCCUUCUUUUGUCCACCCUCCCUCCCCCUUCAUGUGACUGCUCAGCCUCACCCCUCUCCAUGUAGUGUGCUGAGUGGGCGGUCCGCAGUGGAAGAGCCUCUGUUUCCUGUACCCGAUCUGACAGGAAGCUGUAAGUUGCUCUCAGUGAGCACUUCCUGUAAGGCUGGUUAGAGGAUACAGAAGUUCCUCAACCUCAGUCUGUCUGAUCGGCCAUGCUACAUAAUGUGACUGGCAGGAGUGGAGCGAUGUGCCACUCAGUCUGCCCCUGAAUGACAUCCCCGUAACGAGUUUCACCUGUGGCAGAGCGCCCCUCCUCCCCCCCCCCCUUAGUAUGCAACUGAUUUGGCACUCUAGAUUUUGUCAACUACAUCUCCCCUUAUGCUUUACCAGCAUUAUGGCUAUAAGAGCAUUAUGAGAGAUGUAAUCAACAACAUGUGAGGUGCCAAAAGUUGUCUAUUCCCAAUUUAGGAUGUUGUGAAAUUGUCAGUGUCCAUAGAAUAUCAACUGCGUUUUCUACAAUACCAUCAUCAAUAUCAUAGCUCUUCCUUGUUGUCUGAGGUUACAUAGAAACUUUGGAUGGUCACCAACAGUGCUGCCUUAUCAGGGGAACAAUUUCGGAGAAGUGGUACUUUGCAGACUGUGUCUAAGUAACAAUGUUCUUUAUAAUUACCACUUGUGAAAAGUUAGGAACCUACCUCUGUUGAAUGACUUUCUGUUUAAUUGUAGGACGUUAAGGGGCACAACUGGGCUGAGGAAGACUCUGACGGAGACAAUGAAUGUGGGGAGUUCCUGUAUGGAGUACAGGUAUAAUGCAACUAAAUAUCAUUACUAAUUUACCCCUCACCAUCUGAGCUUGUCUUGUAACUAGUAGUUCUUAUACAGGUAAACAUAAUGGACACAUAUCUCCCAUAUCAGAUAUUCUGGUCACAAAUCUGUAGAAGUACAUGGACACACACAUCUGUUUCACAUACAUACACUAAUAAUUAAUUUGCACAGACAUCUACUACAUAUACAUACACAAAUAAUUAACAUUGCCACACAUCCAAUAUAAAUUGCACACAUUCCAUGCAAACAAAGCUGCACACACAACAUGUACAGACACACAUAUUAUGAAUCACUACACAUCAUGUUAACUGUCAUAACGUAUCCACGAACAAUUCUAUUUUAUGACAAAACGCACAACAUGACCCAAAACACAUCCUCUUCUUCUGCAUGUCACUUCCUUUCUCCAACUCAUUUAAUUUCCCCGAUCAUAGGUCACUUUGUACCCACUGCACUGCCUUCAUUUCUCCAUAGCCCUCUCCUUCUGUGCUUCUAUUAUGUAUUAUUAUAAAGCCCCCUACAAUUUGCACGCUAAGGUGGGGCUUCAUCCUUGGUGUCUAGUGUGGGGAGAUGUGCUUUCAUUAUUACAGUGCGUGCUACCAUAGACCUGAUAUUGAUUAGUACUAACUGAAGCACAGCUCCAUGCAAGUGCACUCCUACACCCCUCGCUCCUGACAGCCCCAUGUGCUGCGACUAAGGAUAAAUCUAAACUGUUUACUGCAACAUCUCACUAGGGCUGGAUUUUCAAUAUUUUCAGACAAACUUACAAAUAUGUUAAUUUUCACAAUUAUUACUUUUCACUUAUUCAUUCGUCAUUUGUAAAAAAAAAAUAUUUGGAAAUUUGGAAAAUUAAAAGCUUUAGACAGCACAAAGAGUCUGAAAUGUUAGUAUCAAAGUAACAAAUUAACAUUUCUCAAAUGCAGAUGGGGCGGGGGGGAUGUGUGUGACAAAAAUAUAUAAAUAAAAGUGGUCAAAAAGCUUGCUUAUAGGUAAUUGUAAGGUUCCUGAUAGCAUUACUAGCAGUACUGCUUAUUAAAAUGGCAACAGAAUGUAAAGAAAAUGCAUUUGAGCAUAAUACCCACAAACAAUAAAUACAGUUAAAUCAUAUAUUUCUAAAAUGAAGGUAUUUGAAAAAAUUAGCAUUUUUUAAAAAUCAAUCUAUCGAAUGCUAAUGUAAUGAUGACAGUGAAAUGGUAGAGUCCAUUCACUCCCCUUCGUCUUGACUAUAGGAAUGCUGUCACCCAGUGAAACUUCCUGUACUGUUUGCAAGCAGUGGGUGAGAUGACAUAUAUCAACUUUACAUUCAUUAUAUCAGUGACUUGUGGUUUCUGGCAGAGAAAUUACAGGCUGGUAAUCAUAACUAGAGAAUGAAUGAGGGUGAGUGACAGCGGCGUACACAUGACCCAUGGGGCCCCGGUGCGAAAAUUGAUCCGUGGGCCCCCCCUCCCCGCGCUUACUCUGUGCGGGCCGGGGCCGCAACACAUGGCGGCGGGCACCUGGUCGUAGGGGUUGCAGGGCUGCGACCCCUGCGACCGCGGUAUGCUCGCCAGUGCAUGCAGAUGCACACACACUUAAAGGACCACUACAGACACCCAGAUCACAUCAGCUCAAUGAAGUGGUCUGGGUGCCAGGUCCCUCUAGUUUUAACCCUGCAGUUGAAAACAUAGCAGUUUCACAGAAAAUGCUAUGUUUCAUUGAGGGUUAAUUCAGCCUCUAGUGGCUGUCUCAUUGACAGCCGCUAGAGGAGCUUCCGCGAUUCUAAGACACUGAACGUCCAUAGGAAAGCAUUGAGUAACGCGUUCCUAUGGGCGGUUUGAAUGCGCGCGCGGCUCUUGCCGCGCAUGCGCAUUCGGAGUUGAGAGGUGGAGGGAUCCCCAGUGCCAAGGGAGUCCGGCGCUGGAGAAAGGUAAGUGCUGAAGACACACACACUCACACAAACAGAUGCAUACACACUAGCUAACAGACACACACAUUUACUGACAGAGACACACUCAGCGAUAGACAUACAUACACACUCACUUACAAAACAUACACUCUCACUGACAAACACACACUCACUAACAGACAUCGAACAGUCUCACUAACAGACACACACAAACACACUCAGUAACAGACACACAGUAACACACUCACAGACACUCACUAGCAGACACACACUCAAUAACAGACACACACACUAACACACACACACUAACACACACACUAACACACUCACACAUGUUUUUUUUUUAAAAUUUAAUCCCCCAGCCUCCUUACCUUUUGGAGUGCUGAGGGGAUUCCCUGGGGUCCAGUGGUGCUGCUGGGCUCCUGGGCGGCCGGUCCCCGGGCGAGCCGUCUGGCGGGUGCGCGAUGGAGCACUGUCCUCUCUGUGCUCCCUCUUCAGCUCCCUCGCGCGCUGCGUACUGAUGCAGGAGUUGGAAGAUGACGUCAUCUUCCGGCUCCGGUAUCAGUGCGGUGCGAGAGGGAGCACACAGGGGACAGUGCUCCCUCGCGCGCCCGCCAGCCUGCCCGCCCGGUGAUACCAGGGCCAGCCUCGGGGGGCCCUGAGGUGGUCAACUCCUGGGCCCCCCAGGAGAAGAGGCUGGCCACAGUGGGUACAUACCGGGUCGCAGGUCGGCUGGGCCCCCUGGUGGGCCCGGCCUGGUCGCAGCCGCGACCCCUGCGACCCCGGUAUUUAAGCCACUGGUGAGUGAGGCUUUAUGGUCUAGAUUUCAUACUGCAAAAUUCAUAAAAUUAAAAAUGUUUAUAAUCGAUUCUGGCAUUAAAUGGGUUAAGGCAGCUCUGUCACCAAAAUGUCAUCUAAUCUGUCCCUAUAUAGCUCAUUAAAGCUUAAAGGAACACUAUAGGUUCAGGAACACAAACAUGUAUUCCUGACCUGAUAGUACUAAAAUCACUAUAUACUCUCCUCCCCCCCGCACCACCUUUGUUUCCCUAAAUAUAGUGUCCUUGGCUGGCAUCAUCAGAAGUGCUGGAGAUAUGAAAUUCUAAAUUAAACACACUGCACAGGAAAGGAAGUGAAAGCAUUAGAUCUCACUUUACUAGGACUGCAUAAACAAAGUGAUGUAACUCCUAAAUGGCAGACAACUGUGCAGUGAGACUGUAGGGGCAUGAUCUAUACACCAAAAACUGAUUUAUUAAGUUAACUUUUUUUGGUGACUACAAUGUCCAUUUAAGAUACAGAGUGCUUAGAAUAGAGACAUGGACCAUCCGUGACUCAGAUCACUCUUGACCUCUUCCUUUGCCUUCCAUUGAUAGUGUGUGAUUAAACAAUCUACCUGGCUAGCUCCAUCACUGUGACAAGGAAAUAGUGCAUUAAUGUUUGGUUUUUCCUACGGCACAGACCUCCUCUAUAAUGUCCUUUGUCUCCAGUCCAAACUAGUUACAAUUUACAUGUGUUCAUUAUUCCUUUAGUAUUUUUACAUGCUGGUCUCACCAUCGAUCACACUUGUUUCACCUCCACACUAACUCCGUGCAAAUGUAUGUCUUUUAAAAACCCUCUCUCCGAUGAACUAUUUGCAAAAGUCUCUCCUCGUUCUUUCAAUCCUUAUUUUUUGAACUCCAGGUCCCUGUCUUAUAUGAUUACAAUUCAGAAAACAGUAUUUUAUUCUUUUUCUAGGGUACGUGCUGUGCUGAUCUGUACAGACACCCUCAGCUAGAUGCAGAUAUUGAAGCCGUAAAGGAGAUAUACAGUGAAAAUGCCGUGUCUGUCAGGUGAGAAACUGCAAAUGUUAGUACAUAGAAUCUGUACAUUAGGUUUGCUGGUGUCCACCUUGGUAAGCUGAGCUACGAUUCUUAUUGUAUAAAGGAACAUUCCAAGAAGCAUGACAACUACCGCUGUAGUGAUUAUGGUGCUUGAAUUGCCCUUGCGCCCCCAUUAUAAAGUGUUAACCCUUUUUUGGAACUGUUUGACUUCAGGCACCACUUUGACCCUCAUGGAGAGCCAGAAGCUCUGUGUCUCAAUUAAGCUUUGUAGUGCAAGGCUUAGCUCAUUGCUGAGAUCAAUCAGACAAUGUGCUAGAUUCUGGCUCACCCUCAUAAAUAGUGAAGAGCUCAACAGACACUGAUUGCUUAGUAUGUCUUUCUAUAACAUCACUAUGUCAUUAUGUUUAAUCUGUACAGAGAGUACGGGACCAUUGAUGAUGCUGACAUUGAUUUGCACAUUAACAUCGGCUUCCUGGAUGUAGGUGACACCGGACAUUUCUGUCCUUUCUCCAUAUGUUGUUUCUAUAUGUACAUGUUGCUGUGUUUUCUAUUUUCACUUUCAUUUUUAUGGCCCUGGCGUCUCUGGCACUGAAGGUGUAUCAGUUCAGGCACACUAUCGUCUGUGGGUUUCUUUUACCUAAACCAUGACACAAACCGUUAUCUUGCUUGGCCAGGUAGAUAUCUGGACCCACUGACCCUUUCAGAACAAUCUCUGAUUACAUUAAAAGGACACUGUAGCUCCUUGAAGUGGUCUGGGUGCUGUAACCCUUUUGCACUUAUUGCUGCAAUGUAAAACAUACAUUGCAGUACUAAGUCUGCCCUCAGUGGCUAUCUACCAUACAGCCACUGGGGGUGCUUCCGGAAUCCAAACUGACUUUUCGUCCGUUAUUUGACGUUGGACGUUCUUACGGACCUCCACCGUCAGGUUUUCCCCAUGGGCGCGAGGGAGGGACCUAUUAAACCUAUAGUGCCAGGAAAACGGGUUUGUCCCUUUAUCACAGCCUUUUGCUGUAGUAGAUAACAUGUAAUUACAAGUGCAGACUUGCCGACUCCAACAUCAAGUGGUCACUUACAGUACAGAAUUUAACUUAAUUAACCUACAAAAUACAUUGCAAACAGUAUCUCAUCGCAUCCAUUCCAAAAUGGCGCUGCAAACAUGCGGCUUUCGCAAAACAUAUCAGGGGACCAGGUCAUUCAUCACAUCUAUUUUCUUCCAACUUUCUCCCAAGCCCUUUGUUUGCUUCUUCAUCCCCUAUUGCUUACCAUUAAUGUUCAUAUGUCUAUCAUGUUCUUACCCAAAAUCUCUUCCUUCCUAUUUCUGCCAUUUUGUCCUACAACAGGAAGAGGUAGCCACUGCUUGGAAGGUUAUACGCACAGAACCUAUAGUUCUCCGCUUGCGAUUUUCACUCUCUCAGUACUUGGAUGGUCCAGGUAAUUUUUUUGUACAAUUUUUAUUAAAUGGAUCGAAUUGCAGCAAUAAGAUUCAGUUGAAAAUAACUUAACCAAAUUCCAACUGAAAUGCAAAUUUUAUAUUUCGAUGUGAUAAGUUUGUUUUUUUGUUUGUUUUUAAAUGGUGUUAAUGUAAGAGUAGUUUUUAGGGGAAUUUUGGAAAGCAUUGGAUUGGCUGAGAUGGUCAAGUUUAACAGUCGCAGCAAGACCUGUGCGGUGUGGGGGGGAAAAGGGAGUUUAAACACCUUUCCUAAUAGAUGCAAGGAAGGCUGAGGAUCCUAGUAGGUAGAUUAACACUAUAGUGUCAGGAAUACAUAUUUGUCUUCCUGACACUAUAGUGUUCCUUUAAUGGCAGUAGCAAAGAAAUCAAGACUUGCAGUUUCUACAUAAAAUAAAUACGGUAAGUAUCCAAAUAAGGACACACAGAGUAAGGUUGGUAUCAGUUUAUAUCAGAAGCAGACAUUGAAGCAGUAGGUAUAAUGGUAGAAAAUAACAACAGGUGGGAGAGGCAAUGAAUUAGAGAUAUAGCCCCUAAGAAUCUGUCCCUGAGCAGGCCUUCGAGGGCACCUAUACUAGACUAAACAUCCCAAUCAUGCUACGAUAUUCUGGAUAAACAACUUCCUGCUACAGUACAAAAAAGGAGACGAGAAAGGAGAGAUGACAGGUAUACGUAUAGAAUGAAGUGUACAGGCAGGUUCCAUAGUACUGCAAUCACUCCACGUGUUAUGAAGAAAGCCUUCUGGGUUAAAUGACAGAACUGACUGCAGAAUAGAGCCCCGACGAUCGUUUCAAGGAUCAGGCUCUAUUCUGGGAGCUGCGACUCGAAGACACGAUGAGCACAAUCUGUUCUGUCUAUGCACAAUACUUAGAAUGUUUGCAGCGGGUCCCUUAUGAAAAGAUCAACCCAGCAUGUGGCAGGCCCUUGGGAGCCAAUUAUAAAUUCCUGUGCCUUCUUUCUCCAUUACUGUACUUAGUGUGACUAACUGUACCUUCAGUUAGUCACACUAAGGAUGAUGUUCUUUUUAGCGUGUUCAGCUAGUCAUCAUUUAUUAAAUGAUGUUAAAUGUGAGAUUUCAGUAUUUGUGCGUUUUGUACAACAUCAUGUUACAUUAGGAGUAAGUCAGAAUUGUUGCACUAUCUAUGUUUGUGCAGGUCAUUUCACAGCGCUACUGAAUAGGUUGGCUCUUUAUAAAUACAAAAAGGUUGCCUUGACCUUUUUUUCCUAUGGAACUCUAUGAUACACACAUAUACACUUGCCGUGUAUCUGAGGAGGGAGGGUCUAGGAGGGAGGGCCUGCUGCUGAUUGGCUGGAAUGUGUCUGCUGACUGUGAGGUACAGGGUCAAAGUUUACUCAAUGAUGACAAAUGGGGGCGGACCGAACAGCGCAUAUGUUCUCCGUCCCCAGCGAACCGUUCGGCGAACCGUUCGGGACAUCACUAUUCAGCAGUGACGCAUCAGUGCCCUGAGCUGAAGAGGAUCCAUCGGGAGAAGAUGGUGGUGGCUGUGAGGUCACCUUUGUCUGCCACCGGACCCCCAACGGUGAUGUCACCGUCAGGGGUCUUUGCAAAUUCUGAAUAGUCCUCAGACUGUGACAGGUGUGGCUUUUAGAAAAUCUAAAUUUGAUAAUGACACUAUUAUACUUGUGGAAACAUAAUGAGCAGAAAAAAAACACAUUACAACAAAUCACAACACAGGAAUCCGAAUAGGCAGGAAAAUAAAAUCUCUCCAUGUGGAAAUUGAACUCACAACCUUUGCAUUAUAAGCUCAGUGCACUACCUCUAAAUUAUUCAGAUUCCAAGAUUUUUAAAUACACUGGGUAUAAAAUCCCUUUAUAAAUCUGCUUUCAUCCAUAUGGUAGCAGAACUAAUACAGUCAUGUAUAUAAUGUCCUUCAAAGCAUGUCGCAUUCACGGAGACCCCUUACUUGCAUCUUUGGUCCUCAUUCAAGAGCUAGUUGUGUAAUAUGUCCUCGUUCAAGAGUUAGUUGUGUAAUAUGUCCUCGUUCAAGAGUUAGUUUUGUAAUUCUAAUAUGGUUAAUAUUUUUAUUUUAUUUUUUUAAUUUUUGCUUUGUUCUUUUUCGUAUUUGUUGAAAUUGAAUUAAAUGUGAAAAGUAACAAAAAGAAUUAAAAAAAAUAAUAAUAAAGGUUUGGCUAAAAUGGGUGUAGUUAUUAUCUAUUGUUUUUCACUUACCUAUAUAAAUCUGUAAAAUAUAGGAGCAUGCCAACAUGCUGUUUAACUCUUUUUCUUCUUUAUUUUUGCAGAACCAACCAUUGAUGUGUUUCAGCCAUCAAACAGAGAGGAUUUCGGACUUGGAAUUCAGCUGAAGAAGUAAGAGUGUUAGGUUUGAGGGAAGAUAAGGAAGUAGGGAGGAUAUAAUAAGACAAGAGAGGGGAAUUUGAAUAUAUGUGGAAUGUAAAUGAAAUAGUUUGAGAACAAUUCCAGCUUUGUUGUCUGCCAUUUAGUUUUUCACAGUGCUUGCCAAUGAAGAAAUCAUCCAACCCAUUUGAUAUAUAAAUUCUCACAUAAUUACUGAUUUGCUUAAUGUUGAACUUGUUGUCAUCUAUCCCAGGAUCUUGUCACUGUUUUCCUCCCAUCAAUGGAGAUAUCUCAGUAAUGAAGUUCUGCGAUCCCAACAAGAGAGGAGGCUACGAUGGCUUAGAGUUAGUGGUAGCAUCAAACGAUUCCGGGCUGGGCUCAGCAUAUUCUCCCCAGUGCCAAAGUAAGUCUAUUCAUAGCCAUCCAAACAUAUCUAGCACACACCAAUCAGUCUGGCAAUUUAAGCCUAUAUUUAUGUUACAUAGUAUUUGUUUGUUUUAGUAAUCUCGAAGGAUGAAGAUUGAAAACCCAAUAUGUGAUUUAUUACUUAAAGAGACACUAUAGGUACCAAAACAACUUUAGCUUAAUGUAGCGGUGUUGUUUUAUAGAUCAUGCCCCAUGCAGUUUCACGGCUCAAUACGUUGCCAUUUAGGAGUUUCUGUUUUGGUAUAUGAAGCCUUAGUCACACCUCCCCUGACUGUGACUGACACAACCUGCAUGAAAACAAAAAUGGCUUCAUUUCAAUGGUUUUCACUUUAGAAGUUUUUAGUCUCCUGAUUUGUAAAUCGAACUUCAAUCACACACAGGAUGCUCCUGCAGCGUCCAAAAUGCCAUUGACAAAGAAGGAAAUAAGGCAUUUUAAACACAAAGUUGAAUUCUUUACACUAUAACUCACUCUAAAUAUGUAUAUGAUCCAUUAUGGUUGUCAUCUCAAGCAGAGCUUGACAAGACAUAUGAGAAUCAGUCCCUAAUCUGUGGCACAGACUUCAUGUUACAUUCUCGUUACUUUUCAUCAUGUAUGUUUCCUUUUAUGUAUUUGUCUAUUUGUAUUUUAUCUUUCUACCUGUUGAGUGCCAUUUUAACCUGUUAUUUUUAACUCUUUGUCUUUAUCUAUGUCUUUGAACCGUUGCUGUCUGUUUGUGUCGGUCAUUCCCCAUCUUUGUUUUCAUUCGGUCUCUCUUCUAUUUCUGUGAUAUCGGUUUCUUUCAUGUCUGUUGUUUAAUGUGCCUAUAUUUUUCCAUUUAAGAUUUUCCUCUAUGUACGCUUCAUUAAAACAUGUAUUGUCUUUUUUUGGGGCCUAGGUUUUUAACCAGUCUUUAUGUGACUGAAUAUUUCCACCUCAGUUGUCCUUCACUGUCUCUUUUCAAAUAUAUUCGUUUGUCUGCCUCUCCAUAUUUCCAGUAAUUAAUUUCUCAGCCUGCAAUGCCUUUGUGUGUCUUCACCCAUCUGCUGCUCUCCGUGUGCCUUUGUCUACAUAUUUAUCCCUCUGUUAAUUUGCCUUCCUGUUGUAUUUAUUUCUGUUUCUCUUAAUUUGUAUGUCCUGCGAAUGCUACUAUUCACCUCUGUUGUCACAUUCUAAAUGUGUUGUUUCUUUUUACUCCCAUGGCUGUGUGUCUUUGCGUGUUUUGUGUGUUUCUUUCUGAGUGUCUCAGUUUGUCCUCAUGGCAACCUUCCUGUUUCUGCCAGAAUUAUUGAGUGUUUGCUUUCUCUAUCAGGUCACCAAGUUUCCCAGGGGUCCAAGAUUCUACUGUACGGAGCAGCCUUACAGGGCCGGAUCUCCGAAGUGGCCUUGCUGGGACAGAUCUUCGUGCCCCACGUAUUAUGAACAGAUCUGUAUCUUGCACUCUUAGGAAUCCAAAAUCUGACAUUUAUGGGUCUCACAACCCCACGACCCAGGUAGGUUAUACCUCUAAGUGUAGAAAAGAUAUAAAUAGCCAGGACACUAAAACUAACAUGAUAGAUUGUUGGACAACAAACUUAGCCAUAACUAGAGACAAAAAAAGCUAAGAGAAUAUGAACAUGGCAGCUCUAGAGACACCGUGACAGAGGGACUGUCAGACAGCAUGCCAGAUAGAAUAUCAACAUGACAGCUAAUUAGACACUCUUCUAAAAAUAAACUUAUACCCCCUGGGCAUAGUUGAUGAAACAGGAACACAGUGCCAAACAGAUGUUGACUGUUUUGGAGACAGACAAACUUAUUAAAUAGCUUAAAGGGAAGAGUGGAAGGAUGGGUGGAGAAGACAAAACACAAGAGACAGGCUAAGUCUGUUGUAGCAUCCAUCAUGAAUGGUGGAAGAGGCACUCAAUAGCUAAAACCAAACACAUGCAUGAUUAUUAGAUAUAUUGUCCAAAAAUGACACACUUUUAAAUUGUCAUUAGACAUGGAGGUAGGGCAGAAUUACACAUUAUAAAUCAAAAUACCUGCAUUUGACAAAAAAAAAAUCUACAACUCCUUUGCUUUUCUCUACUUUGCUACUUUGGGCUAAAAUUUGCAUUUCUCUAAUCAAUUCUCCACAAUUCCCAUUUUGGGGAAUAAACCUCAGUACACAGUAAAAAUAGAUUGCUCAUAAAUAUGCAUCUGCCAUGAAUAUACAGCAUAUAACAAAGAUGUAAUAAUGAAAGGGGUUACUAACACAUAAAAAUAAUACAAAAAUAUAUAUUUUUUUGCUCUUUUAGGUCAGUGGACACUGUAAAACGGUACCUACUCUGGAAUAUGGAUUUCUGGUGCAGGUUAGACAUUGUCGUCUUUUCCAUCAUAUAUUUUCCUCCUUUUUGCUAUUAUUCCCCAUAUUUGCUUAAGUGCUCUUCCAGUGUUUCCUUUGCGGAUUUACAAUGACUUUCCUCCUGGUGUUUUAUACUCCUCCUCCCCACCCCCCCACCCCCACAGAUAAUGAAGUAUGCAGAACAGCGCCUCCCCACUCUAAACGAGUACUGCGUGGUGUGCGAUGAACAGCAUGUCUUCCAGAAUGCGUCCAUGCUCAAGGUAAGUGCACGAGUAGCCUAUUGUGUGCUUACUGUGUCAAUGCAUGUACAUACUUGUAUUCAUAUUCUCGUAGUGUGUUCUCACCUUGGGCUCCAAGCUGGUGGAUAUGAUAUGCAAAAACCCAUAUCAAUGGAAUUCAAUUUGUUCUGCUCUGCAACAUUAUUGUUAAAUAAUUCUGAAGUGCAAGGCUGAACGUUUUAUUGUGCAACCUUUCUUUUUAAUAGUACUUAUAGUACUGACCACAUGUCUCUCUCCUCCCCCCACAUAUCUAUACUGCGUUUUUGUUUUCUGUCUGUUCAUUUGAUAUAUCUUGUCUUUGUUAUUUCCUUCUAUUCAAUUCUUUCACCUUUCAGCCAGCAGUGUGUACCCGUGAGCUUUGUGUCUUUUCAUUCUACACCUUGGGUGUGAUGUCGGGAGCUGCAGAAGAAGUUGCAACAGGAGCUGAGGUAAAGGCAUUUCUCUGUGAAACAAUGCUCUGUUUAUUGAUGCUACGGCUGCAAUAUUUCUUCAAGUCAGUGAUUUCCUACUUAUUCACAUGAAGACAUGUAUGUUAAUGUCCCUUGCAGGUGGUGGGCCUGCUGGUUGCAAUGUGCCGGGCUGCACUGGAGUCACCUAGGAAAAGCAUCAUAUUUGAGCCGUACCCAUCAGUUGUGGAUCCCAACGACCCCAAAACACUGGCCUUUAAUCCUAAGGUAACCUUAAAUUAAGCUGAGCUGAAAAUCAUUCUGAUCUAUACGGAUAUACUCAUAUACUCUAUUCUCCACGUUUUCUGUCUUUAGUGCUUUUCUGUGUCUCUCAAUACCUUUUACCUUUUUUUUCUGCUUUCUAUAUUUGUGAUUUUAUGAUACCUUAAUACUUCAUUGUUCCCUCUCUUUCCAUGUUGUUGUUUUUUGUUGUUGCCUUCGUAUUUUCUUUCUCGGAUUUAGUUUCAUUAUUUUCUGGUUUCAUUUGUGCUUUUUGUUUCCAAACGCUGUGAGUUCCGCCUGAUUCCCCUUUGCACAUUUCUAUUUUAUCCUUUUCUACCAUGUGCUUAUUUUUUCCACUCUAUCCCUUUGUGCUUUUUCUGCUAAUCCUUGUUGUUGUUUGACUAUAAUUUGCUCUAAUGGUUGAAGAACCUGUAUGUAAUUUAAUAUAUUAAUUCACAUUAUGUAAAUAUGACAUGGAAUCUUUGUCAAGGAUCUGGGAAAGUUAUCAAAUGGGUGACAAGACAUAUUUGUCACAUGCUCAGACAUGCUUAUUUACUAAAUUGUAAAUUGUUAUGAAUGAAAACAUUAUUUAAAGCUUACUUUAUAUGUUAGCUUAAAAUUGGCGAACUUAAGACAUUGAAAAAAAGAAAAAAUGUAAAUUCGGUUUAAAUUCAUUUUGAUUUCCAAAUAAGUCACACCAAUAUACCUGACAGUUUUAAAAAAAAAUUGAAAAUUGAGCUGUGAGAAGUUCCCCCAUUUUCCAAAUCAAAGCAAUAUGUGUUGUGUUUGUAUUUUUCGGGACUGACCUGAUCUACUCCCUACCACAAAUCAUGACUAAAUUUGAAACUUAUAGCUCUCUGUCGAAUUUUAAGAUCAACUACUCUAAAUGCACUGUCCUUCACAUUUCAUUGCCUAAACAACAGACUAGACUACUGAAACAGCAAUACCCUUUCCAGUGGACAGAGACUGCCUUAAAAUAUCUAGGAUAACAUGAGACCCAGUUUAAUUAUACCAAUCAAACAUUCAGCGGUUAAUGUAGAGAGGGAACUUAAAGGAUGGUCUUGGCCGUUCAUCUCUUGGCUUGGCAGUGUGGGGAUCAUAAAGAUGAACCUCCUACCACGGGUCCUAUACCUUUUUCAGGCCCUACAGAUAUCCAUCCCAAAUGAUGUUUUUACCUCACUACGAACCAUGAAUCUGAGGUUUGUGUGGCAGAGAUUCUAUCCGCGUAUCCGACACAGUGGGCUGACGCUACCGGACUUAAAACUCUAUUAUCCAUCCACACACAUGCAAAGGGUCACAAAUGGAAUGGUCUAAGAAAGGAGUGAACAAACUUUGGAAAUGGAUAGAGGCUACGUAAAUGGGGAGACCAAUUACGGUGGUGCCGUGGCUGGACCUUCUAAUUGGAUCAAGACUAGCGGCCCAACGCCCCUUUAUUAAAUCGACAUUCCACAUUGGGCACACGCAGGCCACGAAGUUGGAGCUCACUUCUUUCCCCUCAUCCCUCUAUCCUAUAACUCACAACCCAGCAUUUCCAUCUGGCCUAGAAACAAAGGCCUUUCAAAUACUAAACGGGGCAGACUUACUGCAGAUCAGACACAUACUACAACAGGGUAAGGUUAAACCCAUAGUAACAUUGAUGGGAACAGGGAACCCAAACUUUAUGCAACAGUUUCGCUACAAACAGCUAACAAAAUUGUUCUAUUCUAUGCACCAGAGGCCACUCAUGAAACGCGCCACCAACUUGUAGGAGGCCAUCUGUAUGGUGGAAGAUCCACUGGAAUGCAGAAUCUCUUUCCUAUACAAUUUGCACAUGACACAGAGGAGGCAACCACCUCCUAGUUUCGUGGCAAAAUGGGAGACUUUCACCUUUGCACAAUGGCAAAAAAUAUGUGACCCGAUGCACCACCGAUGUGCAAUCUCUAGCAAGAUCCCGAAAUCUGCCUAUAAACUACUGACAUUCUGGUACAAAACCCCACAUGUACUACACAUCACGGUACCAUCCAUUGAUGAGCAGUGUGGAAGGGAGGUAGACAUCCUUCUCCACCUGUGGUGUAGCUGUGCCCUGAUAUGUUCAUUCUAGAAAAGGAUUUAUAUAAUUGUCAGGUUUUGCAUCAGGUCAGACAAGAGACUUGUGCCGGGUUUAAAGGACCACUCUAGGCACCCAGACCACUUCAGCUUAAUGAGGUGGUCUGGGUGCCUGGUCCAGCUAGGGUUAACCCAUUUUUUCAUAAACAGCAGUUUCAGAGAAACUGCUAUGUUUAUGAAUGGGUUAAGCCUUCCCUUAUUUCCUCUAGCGGCUGUCUCAUUGACAGCCGCUAGAGGCGCUUGCGUGCUUCUCACAGUGAGAGCACGCAAGCGUCCAUAGGAAAGCAUUGAUAAUGUGACCGGCUGAAUACGCGCGCAGCUCUUGCCGCGCGUGCGUAUUCAGCCGACGGGGAGGAGAAGAGGACCAUCGGAGGAGGAGAGCUCUCCGCCUGGUGCUGGAAAAAGGUAAGUUUUCCCCCUUUUCCCCCUUCCAGAGCCGGGCAGGAGGGGGUCCCUGAGGGUGGGGGCACCCACAGGGCACUAUAGUGCCAGGAAAACAAGUAUGUUUUCCUGGCACUAUAGUGGUCCUUUAACGUUAGGUUCUUUAUUUAGCAUCUUAGACAUGGUUUAACAAGAAAAUAACAAGAGUAGCAGAACUUAAAGGGAAAAGGAAAUAAAAGAGACUAAGGGAGAAAGUAGAACCUAUAAACUAAAUUAUAAGUGAUAUAACGAAAGACAAUAGUAACAGAGGUUUAGGCAAUAUGAAGAAGAACCUAUAAACGACAAUAUAGGUGAGUAUGCAGGAAAGAUUACAGGAAUGAUGGGGUAGACGAAUCCUAUAGCAAUCCCAAUAGCUUCACAAGAUGAUUCCCUUAGUGAAACACACGAAUCCCCAAACAUCAGCCGAAGUCAAGAAGAAGGGUACAAAAUGAACAGUCCUUUAAUGGGUGCAAACAGCUUUUAUGCAAGUCCACAUGCAAGGGGACAGCCCUCAGGGAGGGACAAACAUUAACCAAUCACCUACAGUAAAACUUUAACACACACCUACAAUUCCCUCCCCUAGCCUAGGCGAUAAUUAAGUCUGAUAAAAUAGUAACUUAAUUAUCUCCGGGCUGAAAAAUCACCUUUUUCCCCAAUAUCUAGAACACCCCUUUAUACUCGAGGUAUCCCCAAAAACUAUGGAAGUCUUGUGUGACCGGCUCCCCCUGGGCUGUAUGCCCAAAACAGUUCCAUGAAUUUGGUGGGUUUUGCCGGUCACUUUCGAAAAAGCCUCAAAAUGAACAAAGUACCGAAUGGACCCCUCUGUCUCCUAGCAGCGUUCAUGCCCCUCUGUCGAAUACACCAAAGUACCGAAUAGCGCUCUGCUAGCUAUUCGGUAAAUAAAGUUCCAGCGUUCGUCUGUUUGCGACCGGUGUUCGGGAAGUCGAGUGUCUGUUUUUAGUUCCAUGCACUCGACGACCAGGUCCCGCUGUCUUUGUUCGCAUGAACAAAAAUGGCCGCGGUUUUCUCUGCCACGUGGCGUUCGACUGACGAACGCUGGCCGCACAUACAGAGGUAACAAUUUCACCCAAACUUUGAUGUUUAAUGAGCCAGAGGGGUGGUCUUUGUUCGGUAGUUAGAUCUACCGAAUGCAAUGGGCAGACAUAGAGUAAAAAAAAAGGGAAUGCAAUGGGUAUAUAACAUAGGGAACAGGGGAUUUCUUCACAGACAGGUAGUAAGAUAACAGAAUAGCUUAGAUGAGAUAUUAUAGGAAAAUAAAGAGAAGGAAAACCUAUAAGAGAAAUUACAGGUUACAUGACAAUUAUAUACGACUAAACAACAAUAUAUAGGAACAAGUAAUACUGAGAAGUCUGACAUUUAGAGGACCAGUCUCUUUGGUUCUAGAGGUUGUACAGCAGGGUUUAGAUAGAAGAAACAAGGUCUUUCAGGAUGUUUGCAAAUAUAAGGAAUGUUGCAAUAUCCAGGUUUGUUCAGUAGUGUAGAAAUAAAGUAAAAAUAGAUCAAAGUCCAGUAUUUAAAUAAAGUUGGUAGGAACAGAAGAUCAGGAUAUCCAGGUAGGUUACAUAGUUACCGGUAAUUUGUAGGAACAAAGCAAUGGUGAAACAAAGUCCAGUAUUGACUAAAGCUGGUAGGAAUAGAUGAUCAGGAUCUCCAGGUUGGUUAAGCAGUGUUCAGUAAGUGAGGCAAGUCGAACAGGAUGAAUUAGGAUGGUUCAGAUAGUAUCAGGAUUUCAGAGUAACAGGCAACAGAGGGUUGUAGUUAAUGGAAUAUAUUCGAAGCUUGGACUUGUCACCAGUGGGGUACCUCAGGGAUCUGUACUUGGACCCAUUCUCUUUAAUAUUUUUAUUAGUGAUAUUGCAGAAGGUCUUGAUGGUAAGGUAUGUCUUUUUGCUGAUGAUACUAAGAUAUGUAACAGGGUUGAUGUUCCAGGAGGGAUAAGCCAAAUGACAAAUGAUUUAGGUAAACUAGAAAAAUGGUCAGAAUUGUGGCAACUGACAUUUAAUGUGGAUAAGUGCAAGAUAAUGCAUCUUGGACGUAAAAACCCAAGGGCAGAGUACAGAAUAUUUGAUAGAGUCCUAACCUCAACAUAUGAGGAAAGGGAUUUAGGGGUGAUUAUUUCUGAUGACUUAAAGGUAGGCAGACAAUGUAAUAGAGCAGCAGGAAAUGCUAGCAGAAUGCUUGGUUGUAUAGGGAGAGGUAUUAGCAGUAGAAAGAGGGAAGUGCUCAUGCCAUUGUACAGAACACUGGUGAGACCUCACUUGGAGUAUUGUACACAGUACUGGAGACCGUAUCUUCAGAAGGAUAUUGAUACCUUAGAGAGGGUUCAGAGAAGGGCUACUAAACUGAUUCAUGGAUUGCGGGAUAAAACUUACCAGGAAAGGUUAAAGGAUCUUAACAUGUAUAGCUUGGAGGAAAGACGAGACAGGGGGGAUAUGAUAGAAACAUUUAAAUAUAUAAAGGGAAUCAACACAGUAAAGGAGGAGACUAUAUUUAAAAGAAGAAAAACUACCACAACAAGAGGACAUAGUCUUAAAUUAGAGGGACAAAGGUUUAAAAAUAAUAUCAGGAAGUAUUACUUUACUGAGAGGGUAGUGGAUGCAUGGAAUAGCCUUCCAGCUGAAGUGGUAGAGGUUAACACAGUAAAGGAGUUUAAGCAUGCGUGGGAUAGGCAUAAGGCUAUCCUAACUAUAAGAUAAGGCUAGGGACUAAUGAAAGUAUUUAGAAAAUUGGGCAGACUAGAUGGGCCGAAUGGUUCUUAUCUGCCGUCACAUUCUAUGUUUCUAUGUUCUAUGAGCCAGGAUAAGAAGUCUUUUCCACUUCAGGGCACAAACUUCAAUCAUUGUAAAGGAACCCUUGGAAACAGGGCCAGACUGGGAAGAAAAUUCAGCCCGGACAUUUUUUAAUUACAGUGGCCCAAUUAAAAGGGGGCGGGGCCAGAUUGGUGUCAUCACCAAUGACAAGCACAUCCCAUCACAAAGUAUGUUGGUUCAAUGCUCUUCCAGGGUAGAUCAUGCGCAGAGUUCUGCUGAAGAGCUCUAGCAUGAGAAAAAGAUCCUGUAUUUGUUCUGCACAGCAUAAGCAAAUUUAAUAACAUGCUUGCACUGUGUUUGCUUGAAAUUUGUCUCCGGUGUCUCCUUUGAUGGAAUACCAGGAGACAAAAAUGCUAGGAAAGCGUAUUGUGCAGUGUGUGUGUAAGGGGUUUAGUGUGUGUGUGUGUGCGUGAUGGGUGCUGUGUUUGCGUGAGGGUGCUAUGGGCGUGUGAGGAAGCUGCGUGUGAGGGUGCUGUGAGUGUCAGGGGUACAGUGUGUGUGAGUGAUGGUGCUGUGAGUGUCAGGGGUCCAGUGUGUGUGUGUGGGUGCUGUCAGUGUCAGGGGUGCAGUGUGUGUAUGUGUGAGGGUGCUGUGAGUGUCAGGGGUGCAGUGUGUGUGAGUAAUGGUGCUGUGAGUGUCAGGGGUGCAGUGUGUGUGAGGGUGCUGUGAGUGUCAGGGUUGCAGUGUGUGUGAGUGAGGGUGCUGUGUCAGGGGUGCAGUGUGUGCGAGUGAGGGUGCUGUGAGUGUCAGGGGUGCAGUGUGUACGAGUGAUGGUGCUGUCAGUGUCAGGGGUGCAGUGUGUGUGUUUGGGUGCUGUCAGUGUCAGGGGUGCAGUGUGUGUGUGUGGGUGCUGUGAGUGUCAGGGGUGCAGUGUGUGAGUGAGUGAGGGUGCUGUGAGUGUCAGGUGUGCAGGGUGUGUGUGAGUGAUAGUGCUGUAGGUGUCAGGGGUGGAGUGUGUGUGUGUGAGGGUGCUGUCAGUGUCAGGAAUGCAAUGCAUGUGUGUGAGUGAGGGUGCUGAGUGUCAGGGGUGCAGUGUGUGUGUAGUGUGUGAGUGAGUGAGGGUGCUGUGAGUGUCAGGGUGCAGUGUGUGUGUAAGCUGGGGUGCUGUGAGUGUCAGGGGUGCAGUGCAUGUGUGUGAGUGAUGGUGCUGAGUGUCAGGGGUGCAGUGUGUGUGUAGUGUGUGAGUGAGAGUGCUGUGAGUGUCAUGGGGUGCAGUGUGUGUGAGUGAGGGUGCUGUGAGUGUCAUGGGUGUAGUGUGUGUGAGUGAGGGUGCUGUGAGUGUCUGGGGUGCAGUGUGUGUAUGUGUGAGGGUGCUGUGAGUGUCAGGGGUGCAGUGUGUGUGAGUGAGGGUGCUGUGAGCGCCAAGUGUGCAGGGUGUGUGUGAUCAAGUGAGGCUGAUGUGACUUGGGUGAUUAUUUCCCCCCUCCCUGCUUACCUUAUGCCUGGGAGGGGGGAUCCUGCUGCUGCCAUCCAUCCCUGGUGGUCCUAGUGGUGAGUGAACUCUAGCCUGUGUAGCCAUGGCAACGCUCCGAAUCUCGCGAGAGGAACCCGGCGGAGCUUUAAGUUAGACCUCCUCCGGGUUCCUCUCCUGGCUCCCUCCCUCUCUCCCCGCCGUAUACGGUAUGUGGGCCUGUGAGGGAGAUCUUUGAUCUCCCCACCGGCCCGCCGUGGACUACUGCAGGGCCAGCGUUCAGAUAGCGCUGGCCCUGCAGGGGCUGGCAGGGGAGAUCCUGUGAUUUUGCCCAGUGUGCCCUGUGGCCAGUCCGGGCCUGCUUUGAAAUCAGGUGUGGCCUCUUAUAGCUUGUUUGGAUGAUCAUGCUGUUCAGGUGAGAGUAUUUUUGGUUAGACUAGUGGCUAGUGAGGAAUUGUUGCUGGAACUAAUGGACUGAAAGGUAAAAGUUUUGAAUUUAAGAUUUUUGAAUAUGACAAUAAUAUUCAAAAAUUCACUGAUACCCCACCCCCUUUAACCUAGCCCCGCUCCUACUCCAUCAUACCAAACUCCAGACCUCUGUCUAUAAAAAGUCUCUGAGAAUUAAAAUCCUUAAUAUAGUGAAGAGCUUUACCCACUCCUAACCCUUUGGUUCCACAGCAUGGAAGAGUUCCGCUCCAUGGAAGAUCUCACUUUCCAGUCGAGUGGCAGAUCUCAGAUAUACUAUGAUGUCUGGACUCACUGGCUACUUCCACUUCCAAGCACUCAUACAAUAAAUCAUAAGGUCUACCCUCUAAACCAGAGUUGGACAUGCCCCUUCCGGGGGACUGCAUAGCCGCAAUAUUCCGCAACAAGAGGCCUGGGCCUCCUUCUCUCCUACUCAUUCCCUAAUAAUUUGCUGCCACCCCCACAGUCCUUGCCUACCUGUGCUUUUCCCUGCUCCCUCCCCUUUUAUCUUUUUACCGGGUUGGGAGUGAGCUGGGAUACCCACCCGAUAGACAUAGAAAGGCCCACUACGCUGGGCCCCAGGAGCAGGGAAUGCCUAUGUAAAAAGCCCCAGAAUCAUAUCACAACACCAGAUAAGAUGAUAAAGCUUGAUUACCGUUUACUGAGCAUAUGUAUGUGCUGAUAUACUGCAAUUAAGAAUAUCUGAUGAACUAUUAUUGACACUCUGUCUCCAGUUUGAGACUUGCUAAUAUCCUUGUUAUGUUACAAUUUUACAGACCUGCGAGUCUACUCUACUCCAUUGAACCUCUAUGUUUACUCUAGACCUGCGUGUCUCACUGUUUUAUCUCUUGAUUUUCUUACAUGAUCUUUGCAAAUGAAAAAAAUGGAAAAUUCUAAUAAACACAUUUACAAAAAAAACCCUAAAACAACUUUUUUAAAAGUGUUAGAUUCCCUUUUAAUAUAUUUAUUGUUUCCUUCUUUGCAGAAGAAGAAUUACGAACGCCUUCAGAAAGCCUUAGACAGUGUUAUGUCAAUCCGCGAGAUGACCCAGGUAACUUGAUUACAACUAGUGUGCGAAAUGGGAGCAAAUGGAAGGUUAGUAACACUUUGAUGCUUUUUUUUAGGGAUCCUACCUAGAAAUCAAGAAACAGAUGGAUAGACUAGAUCCAUUGGCCCAUCCUUUGCUGCAGUGGUACGUUGAUUAUCAAGCUCAGAAACUACCAUGAAGUUUUUCAAAUAGCUAAUAAAUUGUGGAAUUAAUAAAAACAAAAUUAAGCUUUUCGUUCAAGAACAGAAUAAGACAUUUGGGAUAAACAGAGCAAUUUAACAUUAAUUAUUACGCUGUGUCCACUCUCUUGCAUCUUGUACAAAACGUGGCCAUAGUAGCACGUUCCCAUAGUACAAGGAGAAGUGUUGUUUUUAAAUAUACUUAAUUUUUGUUAUUAAGUUGAUAAACAUAUUUGCCAUCAAUUAAUUUGAGAGGGAACUAAGAUCUAUCUAUCUGGUGAGUACUGGUGGUACCCUAGUGCCUGUGGUUAAUUUUAUAUCCACGUGCAGUUUAAUGUUACGAACAGCACUCAUCAGGCAUAAAAUCGAUGCACAGACCAGGGUGUUCACAGAUUCCAUCCUAGAAUUUAUAUAUAGAUAGAAUUAUUCUUUACAAAAAAAAAAGUUACAUAAGUGAGCAGAGGAAUAGAGAACUGCAAGAUUGGAGGCUUAGCAGUGUUGCUAUGUUGUACUAACACAGAAUAUACCUCCACCCAUAGCAUCAUGCAGUGGAAGAUUGGGGGAUGAGGGAAGGUUACUGGCAAUUAGGGGGGUGAGGGAAGGUUAAUGGCAAUCCAGAUUGUUUUAUAACAUGAUAAAGUAAAUGCGUUAUAUAUUUAAUGGUGAUUAUGUCCUUCAUAUUUCUCCAGUAUAUGCAUGUUUCUUCAAUAAAAUACAUUUAGCUGCAUGGUUUAAAGAUCAUGUCAUCAUCGUGUCCAUUUAUACAAUCCAGCUACCUACAAUCUGUCUAUUAACGGAUUUAUUCCUUGAACCUUCGUGUGAGAUUCUGUCUCUCAUUGCAGGAUAAUAUCCAGUAACAGAUCCCAUAUUGUUAAACUGCCGCUGAGCAGGGUAAGUAUUCAAUUCAUUAAUUCCCACUGUGAAUGAAUAGUGGGGAUUGUAAAAAGUAGGGGGGAAAUCAGGAGGUGAAAUCUUGGAACGUGACACCAGUUGGCAUAAUUUUUAGGGAUUAUAUUGUACAAAAUAAUUGGAGAAAACUGUAUAGAUUAUGUUUAUGACAUAGUGAAACAGGGAGAGGUUGUUUGACGAUACUGUAGCUUUGUAGAGAUUAUUCUACAGAUCAUUUUAUGGACUAACUUUGGAAGUGCAGACAUUUGUUAACCAUGCUGCCCAUUAUGUUAACCUACCCUUUAGUGGGGCUUUGUAUUAUUGGAAAUGUAGUCCACAAAGCCAAUGAGGUACCAGGCUGCACUAUGUUGUUUUAGUAAGCCAAUUCUGCACGUCACACAUAGUUUAAUAUCAAGAGGAAUUGUCACACAUUCUAUUCCGUAAUGUAGAAACUGAAAUGAUACAAUAGGAUUGGCCUGCUAGCAAAAAUCACACGUUUGUACAGUGUAUCUAUACAGGAUUAAUAUGCUGCAUGGAUUUCUCCUCUCUCUCCCCCACCCAAUCUCUCUCUCUCUCUCUUCUUCCUCUGAGCUGUGUUCACCUUUCUCCACUACCAUUUCAAAUCAUUUCUCAUUUAUUUACCAUCCCAUAUUACAUUUUUUGUUGUCUGUCCUUUCCUCACUUUUUCUUUCAUUCUUCUCGCUAUAUUCCCAUACAUGUGGUCUUUAUCUACAUCCCACCAAUUUCCUGCUCCUUAAACUCCACUGCGUUCUCUCUCUUUACCUUUUAUUUCUGCACCCCACUACCCCAUAUUCCAUCUCUCUCCCUCAACUCCCCCGGUAGCAGCUGAAGUUUAUGCACACGUCUCAUCAGUUUUUGCUGCUCAGUAGCCCCCCAGCCAAGGAGGCCCGAUUCCGAACAGCCAAGAAACUCUACGGAAGCACUUUCGCCUUUCAGUGAGAGUCAUUGGGAUGGAAUGGGGUGGAAGAACAGGGGUUGGGUGGAAAUCUGUUGGGUUUUAGGAUGUAAAGUAGAGUUUUGGAAGUGGGAUUUGAAAAAAAAAGGGGUGAAGGUACAAAGGAAGAAAUGCUACAAAAAAAACAGAAGAAAUCAGAGCAGGUUAAACAUGAGAAAUGUUGGAGAGUUUGAUGAAAGGACACUUUUAUAGUAGGGAAAGGAAGCGGUACAAGCCAAGGAAAUGGGUUGGGAGGAGAGCAUGGUAUUUAUUGGGAAUUAAAAUGAUGAUUGCAUUUGAUGUACAAAGACUGUGAGAAAAGAUGGUUGUGAUUCAGAAUGGAACAGGGCAGGUUUAUAAAGAUAGAAUGAGAAACAGCUAAGAACUGGAAAGGUUAUUAUGGUAUUUGUGGGUGCUGGCUAACUAUGUGUACAUUGUGUGUAAGCCCACAAUGGGGUACAUUUUCUUUUUUUUUCUUCUUUCAGUUAAACUUUAUUGAAAUUUCAUAAUAAGAGGGGGUGGGGUGGAUACAGAAAUAUAACAUGGGGAGGGGAAGCAGGGGUAAAAGGAUAUCAACACACACUUUCUUUCUUUUUUUGUAAUCAGCGGCUCUCAUAUUGAGAACUGGCACUCCAUCCUACGAAAUGGACUGGUGAAUGCGUCCUACACCAAACUUCAGGUAAACGUAACUGAAUGUAAUGCUUAAAAAAAAAAAAAUAGGAGCAUUAAACGUCUUUAAUACAGACAUUUUAUUUUCAUAGUAAUUUUUGCACAAGAGACAUUGGUUGUCAUCUAGCAGUUCAUCUGCAGUUGAAAAGGUGAAAAGCUACGUGGCAUUCAUUCUCUGCAUUGGGAUAUGGAUCUUAUAUCAUUUCCAGGAUAACACCAUUGCCCCAUAAUGCCAUGGGUGCACUCAAGGCAUGCCCUAGAAAGAAACUGUUGCCAUAUGCAUCUGGCACCAUGGGAUCUGAAUUAACUUUUAUUUCAACUAUCAUAUUAUGCAGGAAAAUUUGAUUUUACAUGCUAAUUAUGACCCAGGUCAGUUGGUAGGGAUCAAAUAUACUAAUCAAAUUAUCUAAGCUACUAGAACUAUCAGGUGGUUUCAGCCUGUUUAGUAUUUUUUGUUCAGAUCAGUAGCUUAGAAGCCUUUUUUGCAUGAUGUGUAAGGCGUCCUUCAGCUUCGGUGACUGAUUCUUUGUAUGGUUGGUUUCAACCAGGUAAUUUACACGCUGGCCUCACUAUGUGAAGCUAUUUCUAUACUUUGCUUUUCUCUGUAUCUUCAGUUUGUAUGACAGUCUUUAUAUCUCUCUACAUCCAGUUACAUGGAGCAGCAUAUGGGAAGGGCAUCUACCUGAGUCCAAUCUCCAGUAUUUCCUUUGGAUACUCAGGUAUGUUUUUUUUUAGGAUAACUGCACUGUACGCAACUGGUGGAUUCUCUUCUGGUGGGAGAUCUAUAAUGUUAUGUCAGUUCUGCACUGUGCUCAGUGGGUCACCAUGGGACCAGCAACAAGAGCAAAGCUGUGAUAACAAGCUCCUAUCUUUCUUUCAAAUCAUUCUGUUGAUUUGCAUCACGUCUUAUCUUAGAACUCUGUUAAAGUGGGAAAUGUGGAAAACUGACAACUGAAAACCUGCACGUGAAUUACUGUAUUGUUAGUAAAAAACUGUUUCUUGCACAUAGAAUUCCACGCAGCAAAUUUGUAUAACUACACAUAUAUACACAAUGCUAUUUACACAAGCAUUCAUAAAAUAGCCCUAUUAUUCACUCAGCGUACUGUGGGGUAGAAGGUAACUAAAAAUGGGGAUGGUUCCAAUGAAGGGUGCCUACCGUUACCUCCACCCUCUGGCAAAUGAACAGAAGAAUAAUAUCUAAAUAGUGUGUUUGGGGGUCUCCAAGUCCAUAGGCUAUUGAGUAUAGGAUCAGGUAAUGCCCAUUCUGCUGUUCCCAGUACCAGUCCCCAUUCCAUCUAGCCCUUGGUUUCAAAGUAAACCAGUCACAGGCAUGUCUCGGUCUUGCAAGUUUUGCCUGGUAAUGACUUUGAAUUCGGGGUAAAUUUCACACUAUUUGUAAAAUGAAUGUAAAAGGUGUUUGUGUUUUUGUUUUAAAUUAGGUAUGGGUAAGGGGCAACAUCGGAUGCCAUCCAAGGACGAAUUGGUUCAAAGAUAUAAUCGGAUGAACACCAUCCCGCAGGUAAUAUUAAGAGAACGAGAGUAAUGUGGACAAUUUAAUGCAUCUUGGAUGUAAAAACCCAAGGGCAGAGUACAGAAUAUUUGAUAGAGUUCUAACCUCAACACAUGAGGAAAGGGAUUUAGGGGUGAUUAUUUCUGAUGACUUAAAGGUAGGCAGACAAUGUAAUAGAGCAGCAGGAAAAGCUAGCAGAAUGCUUGGUUGUAUAGGGAGAGGUAUUAGCAGUAGAAAGAGGGAAGUGCUCAUGCCAUUGUACAGAACACUGGUGAGACCUCACUUGGAGUAUUGUACACAGUACUGGAGACCGUAUCUUCAGAAGGAUAUUGAUACCUUAGAGAGGGUUCAGAGAAGGGCUACUAAACUGGUUCAUGGAUUGCGGGAUAAAACUUACCAGGAAAGGUUAAAGGAUCUUAACAUGUAUAGCUUGGAGGAAAGACGAGACAGGGGGGAUAUGAUAGAAACAUUGAAAUAUAUAAAGGGAAUCAACACAGUAAAGGAGGAGACUAUAUUUAAAAGAAGAAAAACUACCACAACAAGAGGACAUAGUCUUAAAUUAGAGGGACAAAGGUUUAAAAAUAAUAUCAGGAAGUAUUACUUUACUGAGAGGGUAGUGGAUGCAUGGAAUAGCCUUCCAGCUGAAGUGGUAGAGGUUAACACAGUAAAGGAGUUUAAGCAUGCGUGGGAUAGGCAUAAGGCUAUCCUAACUAUAAGAUAAGACUAGGGACUAAUGAAAGUAUUUAGAAAAUUGGGCAGACUAGAUGGGCCGAAUGGUUCUUAUCUGCCGUCACAUUCUAUGUUUCUAUGUUUCUAAUGUAACGAGAUGUGGCAAACUGUAGAUCUUUCAGUUCAGAAAGAGGAACAAUUCCAAUUUGUAAUUUCUUUCUAAACAGUGUGUGUUCUAAAAUGGAAGCAUAUUGCCAUACUUUUCAUUAAUUGACACUAUACAAUAACAAAAUAUGUAAGUUUAAUAACCUCAGCAUUUGUGUCUCCAUUUUUGUGCCUUCAAUGCAACCCACUAAAUACUAGACAUGUUCCAAACAUAACAUGCCAUAUUGCUGAUCCAAGACAAGUGUUACAAAAUACACAUUUAGAGUGGCCAAUGAAUGAGUGCAAUAGUGCAAAAAAAUGGGGGCAAUAAGGUUGCAGAAAAUAUACUUUGUGCACAAGUCAUGAUGACUCAAAGUAAAACAAGUUAGGUUUCCCAUCAUAAGCGUCCUUAAUAAAAAAGGGUUUGUUCUACUGACUUUAGUGAUAUUCUUCCUUUCUCCAUUCAUUUGUCCAUUUAUUUGUUCCUACUCUUCUGAUCUCCUGUCCUCUCCUCCGCUAUACAAAUAUCAGAAUGGAGUAACCUCUACACACAGAAAAUAGGGAGACAGUAGCUAGUAUAAAGUAAAAGACAGUGUGUAUUAUGUAUACUGGACUUCACGAGUGGUCAGGCUUUGCCCAAGGUAGACAAAAAUAGAGUGUCAAAAUGUAAGCCAAAGUCAAGGAGAAGUAGUCAUGAAAUUAUUAAUCAAGCUGGGGUUAAGGAUACAGAGAAGCUGAAAGAUCAAUAUGAAACUGGGUCAGUAACCAGAACAAACAUUUUACAGAAUGCACUCUCGGGGCACAUGAACCAUGACAGUGCAAUAAUCUCAAGGAAGAGGGAAGUAUAUGAAGGGAUUAUAGGGAUAACCCCAAAGCUAUUGGGCAGCAUCAUCACCCUGCGCCAAAUCACCCAAGUAAUGGGUGCUUCUUGAAAAGGGAUGAUAAUGUGUCCCACUAAUAUGACCAGAGGAAAAUUAACUAUAAAUUACAGCAUUCUGUAACUUUAAGUAAUACUGUAGCCACCGUGAGGUUACCAUGGUGACCUGGCAACCUUGUAAGAUUAUGGACAUAGAGAACACAUUCUUCACAAUAGUUGAGGAACACAGCAUACUCCAAUUCGGAGGUGGCAAAGCAUGCUAUGCUCAGCCCGACCUGAGCGUUGCAGGAACUCGAACAAGGCUGCCACUGGAGCCUGCAAGUGCCGCUUGCCAGCCAGAGGUAUGACAGUAAUCUUGUAUCUCGUUUUCUGUUGUUCUCAUCCGUUGAAAUUGUCUCUCCAACAUUGCUCCAUCUUUACAUUUCCUGUCUCUCUCACUCUUUCUUGUAUCUCAUCCACUUCUAGACACGUUGCCUCCAGUCUCGUUUUCUGCAGAGCCGGAAUCUGAACUGCAUUGCGUUAUGUGAAGGUAAUAUUCAACAGUGGUUGUUAAGAUUUCAUCAAACAUAAUACUACAACCCUUUCCAAACAGCGCCAAAUCAAGACGAGAUGGAACUAGUGCUUGGCAGAAAUGUGGCGACUUUAGUUUGUGUAGUAUAACCAUCCUAGCUCCCUCCAGUUACCUCUGUCGCGCUGCCGAUAGAGUAAAUGUAAAAAUGGAUCUCAUCACUAAUGUGUGAUUUAACAUUUGGACAUUGUGUCUGUAAUAUCCUGGACAGUAAGAGUGGCCCAUUGUCCUUUUUUUUAUUUUUUUAUUAUUGCGGAUAUCGCUGUUCCACCCAAACACUAGUGAAGACUUUUUAAGGUGGAAUAAUAAGAAUUGUUUUAUUGCAUGAAUGGAACACUUUUUUACUUGGGUCCUGUCAUGGUAGUUUACCCCAAGACGCAAGAUUUAGUCCAACAAUCGACAGAUAGAGCAGAUACGUCUUAACGGACCUUAGAAUGGCCGGACUCGCCGUAUAGCAGAGAAUAGACAGAGUCAAGAACAAGCCGAGGUCAAGGGAACAAAGAUACUGCGAGAACAAAAAUGAGCCAAGGUCUGGUACACAGUAAUCAGUAAGCCGGCAAACAAGACAAAACAGGGAUAGAGAGAUAAACGAAGACAGAUGCAAAACCAAGGUCAAGCACGAAAAUCACAACUGAACACAACAAGCGCUAAAGGGAACUGAAACAGAAACCACGAUAGGGCAGGGAGUUAAGGGAGAGGUAAGUAUAAAUAACCUAACCUGUAUUUUUUGGCUCCCACUGCCCCUAUAAGAGCGUGCCCGAGACGCGCGGCAUGCUCUUAGAGCUAGGCGGGACAUGUGACCGCAUCUUGCGGUCCGUGCCCGCCUUCAUCCGAGAGCCGUGCGCUGUGGGAAGAGAGGACCUCGGCCGGCCCCCAGGUAAGGUGAGUACCGCUACAGUACCCCCACCGGGCGGGGAGGACCAGGCCUGGCAGGAAAACGAGAAUGGAAGGAACGCACAAGGCGAGGAGCAUGAACAGCGUCAGCGGAAAGCCAACUGCGUUCCUCAGGCCCAUAACCCUUCCAAUGCACCAGGUACUGGAGGCGACUCCUGAGGAAACGAGAGUCAAGCACAGCAGCUACUUCGAAUUCCUCAUGACCCUCCACAGAAACAGGAGGGGGAGGAGAAACAUGCCGGGUAUAAUGGUUACACAGGAGUGCUUUCAACAAGGAGGUGUGAAAGACGUUAGGAAUACGCAGGUUACUGGGAAGAUCCAAGGCAUAAGAAACAGGAUUAACUUUAUGCAAGAUACAAAAAGGACCAAUAAAACGGGGAGCCAACUUCAUAGAAGGCACACGAAGGCGGAUAUUGCGAGUGGAAAGCCAAACCCUAUCCCCCACGACAUAGGAUGGAGCCGCCCUGCGAUGCUUGUUAGCUUGAACCUUUUGGCGAGCAGCGGAGUCCACCAAAGAACGCUGAACCUGCUCCCAAGUAGUACGUAAACCAGCCAAAUGUUCAUCCAGAGCUGGCAUGCCCUGUAAGGAGAACGCAGCUGGAAGAACAACAGGAUGCCGGCCAUAAACAACGUAGAAAAGGCUUUUACCAGAAGAUUCAUGAGCAGCAUUGUUACGAGCAAACUCAGCCCAAGGAAGCAGGUCAGCCCAAUUGUUCUGAUGGUGGGAUACGAAACAAUGAAGAUACUGCUCUAGGGACUGGUUGGCACGUUCAGCAGCUCCAUUAGACUGGGAGUGGUAAGCGGAGGAAAACGAGAGAGAAAUACCCAUCUCUGAACAAAAAACUUUCCAGAAUCUGUAAAUAAAUUGGCUACCCCUAUCGGAUACAAUUGAUACAGGAAUACCAUGCAACCGAAACACCUCCCUGGUGAAGAUAUAAGCAAGUUCCUUGGAUGAGGGCAAUUUAACAAGAGACACAAAAUGACCCAUCUUAGAAAAUCGAUCCACUAUCAUCAGGAUGACUGUUUUGCCAUUCGAAGGAGGCAAUUCAACAAUAAAAUCCAUGGACAGAUUGGACCAAGGCCUCUCGGGUAUGGGCAACGGGUGCAACAACCCACAAGGAACCCUAUGAGAAGACUUCAUACUGGCACAAGUAGUACAUGCCCGAACAUAAUCGGUGACAUCCUUGCGUAAGGAAGCCCACCAAAAAUAUCUAGAAACUGCUGUUAAGGUUUUAGAAAUAUCAGGAUGUCCAGCAGUUUUGGUGUCAUGAUAUAACAACAUAAUGUCUCGUCUUUCGGGAACGUCAACAAACAGUUUAUCAGCAGGUUUCUCCCUGGGUGCCAUGUUUUGUAAAGCCUGUAUAACUUGUAAGAGUGAAGAAGAAAUAGAUAGAACCGUAGUAGCUAUUAUUCUGUCCGGGGGAAUGACAGGGGUAUCGUCAAAUUCUUGUUUGUCGGUAGUUUCAAAUUGUCUGGACAGAGCGUCGGCUUUAGUGUUACGUUCACCUGGUCUGUAGAUGAUGAUAUAAUUGAAAUGAGAUAAAAACAGUGACCACCUGGCCUGCCUAGAAGACAAUCUUUUGGUUUCACUAAGGUAGGAAAGGUUUUUGUGAUCAGUAAAAAUGAGGAUGGGGUCCUUAGUACUCUCCAAAAGAUGUCUCCACUCCUUAAGUGCUAAAACAAUAGCAAGGAGUUCUCGAUUGCCUAUGUCAUAAUUCUUUUCGGCUUUGGACAUCUGCUUGGAAAAGAAGCCACAAGGAUGUAAUGGCUUAUCAGAAGAUUCUCUUUGAGAUAAGACAGCACCCACCCCAAUAUCAGAAGCAUCAACUUCAAUAAUAUAAGGCAAAGAAGGGACAGGAUGCUGUAAAAUAGGAGCAGAGGCAAACGUAGUCUUAAGAAAUUCAAAAGCCUCAAGCGCCUCUGGGGACCAGUCACGAGUAUUACCAUCCUUUUUUGUCAUACGGGUUAUAGGCGCUACAAUAGAAGAAAACCCUUUAUUAAAGCGUCUAUAAUAGUUGGAAAAACCAAGAAAAUGCUGAAUGGCUUUUAGGCCCUGAGGUAGAGGCCAUUCCAUGACAGCAGAAAGCUUCUGAGGAUCCAUACGAAAACCCUUAGCAGAAAUUAAAUAACCCAAAAACUGGACUUCGGAUUGAUCAAAUAAACAUUUUUCUAGUUUACAAUAAAGACCAUUAACAAGAAGGGUUUUCAAAACUGUUUUAACAUGCAUGUGAUGAGUAUGUAAAUCUGUUGAAUAUAUUAAUAUGUCAUCAAAGUACACUAUCACAAAUGAGUGAAUGAACUCUCGUAAGAUUUCAUUAAUAAAUUCUUGAAACACUGCUGGGGCAUUACAAACACCAAAUGGCAUCACAUUAUACUCGUAAUGACCACUCCUAGUAUUGAAUGCAGUUUUCCAUUCAUGGCCCUUUUUUAUACGUAUGAGAUUGUACGCACCUCUAAGGUCCAGUUUAGUAAACACAGUAGCUUGUUUGAGCCUGUCGAAUAAUUCCGUGAUUAAUGGUAUAGGGUAAGCAUUUUUUAUGGUGAUUUUAUUUAGACCCCUAUAAUCAAUACAAGGUCAUAAAUCGCCCUCCUUCUUCGACACAAAGAAGAACCCUGCCCCUGCCGGAGAAGAGGAUCUCCUUAUAAAUCCCUUUUGUAGAGAUUCUUUAAUAUAUUCCUCCAUGACACGGUUUUCUUGAGGAGACAAAGGAUAUACCCUGCCUUUGGGAGGUAUAGUUCCAGGUAGUACAUCAAUAGCACAAUCGUAGGGUCUAUGAGGCGGUAAUUUGUCAGCCUCCCUUUUAUCGAAGACAGACUUAAGACACAUGUACUGAGGAGGUAUAACAGUAGACAAAGGAGGAGUAGUAGGAACAUUAGUAGAAUUUAAAGGGGUGAUUUUAACGAUACAAGACUCUUGGCAGGUUUCACUCCAAGAUACUAUUUGUCCUGACUCCCAGUCAAAAAUGGGAUUAUGAGAACGUAACCAUGGGUACCCUAACACAAUGUGAGAGGAAGGAGCGGUGAUGACCUGAAACCGAAUGGUUUCUGAGUGUAACAUCCCUGUAUACAUAUGCAACGGUUCAGUUUCAUGUGUGAUAACUGGGGAGCAUAAUGGUCUACCAUCUAUGGCCUCAACGGCCAAGGGUUUCUUCUUCUCUCUAAUGGGUAUGUUGUGUUCCUUAACAAAUCUAGAAUCUAUGAAAUUCUCAGCUGCCCUGGAAUCAACCAGGGCUAGUAUGUUUCUUGCUAUGUAAUUAUUCUCCAGAUGCAGAGAAACAGGGAGAAGUAGUCGAUUAAGAGGCAAUUGUGGGGACUUAGAUAUCACACCCAAGGCCAGUCCCUUAUAUGGCCUUAGGUGCGAUAGUUUUCUGGAAGCACGGGACAUUCUUUUAGCAUAUGGCCCUUCCUACCACAGUAGAGGCAACGUCCCUCCUUUCUUCUAUACAAUUUUUCAGCAUCAGAGAGUUUGGCAACCCCUAAUUGCAUUGGGUUCCUCCUCUGAUACCUUGGAACUCUCAGGAUUAGCAACUCUAGGAGUAUUUAAUGUAGCAAAACGUCUAUUCCUAUUCUUAGUAUAGAGUCUAUCACGAAUCCCAUUGUCUAUAUCAAUAAGAUAGUCGAUAAGGUCCUCUAAUGCGAUAGGAAGAUCCCUAGCUGCAACCUCAUCCAAUAUAGUAUCAGAUAGACCUUCCAUAAAUGCUGUAGUUAGCCCAUUGUUGGUCCAAUCUACCUGCGAAGCAAGGGUACGAAACUGAAUAGCAUAAUCAGCAACAGACCUAGAACCCUGUUUAAUUCUCAUUAAUGCCCUGGUGGCAUUCUUUGACCUUUUAGUUGUUUCAAAGGUUCUACAAAAACCUGUAAGGAAGCUAUUAAAAUCAUGCACCAUAGGCCCAUUAGCCUCCCAAAUAGGAUUUGCCCACUCAAGUGCUUUAUCAGUAAGUUGGUGCAUAAGGAAUCCAACUUUAGAUCUAUCAGUGGGAAAGGAAUGUGGAUACAUCUCAAAGUAGAAUUCCACUUGAUUAAUAAAUCCCCUGCAUGUCUUAGCAUCCCCUCCAUACCUAGGUGGAGGGGUUAAAUGUGCAGAAGCAUUAGGUAUGGUGGAUACAUCUGGAACAAGGGGUGCAGUAGGAGUUGGUACUGUUACCGGAGUAGUUCUAGAUAAGAGUGUCUGGAGGGCCUGAGCUAUCUGAUCCAUACGGUGAUCCUGCUCUGUAAAUCUAGCCUCAUGAGAAGCCAAUUGCUGACUUAAAUCUGCGGGGUCCAUGGCCCUAUCGUAAUGUCACGGUAGUUUACCCCAACACGCAAGAUUUAGUCCAACAAUUGACAGAUAGAGCAGAUACGUCUUACCGGACCUUAGAAUGGCCGGACUCGCCGUAUAGCAGAGAAUAGACAGAGUCAAGAACAAGCCGAGGUCAAGGGAACAAAGAGACUGCGAGAACAAAAACGAGCCAAGGUCUGGUACACAGUAAUCAGUAAGCCGGCAAACAAGACAAAACAGGGAUAGAGAGAUAAACUAAGUCAGAUACAAAGCCAAGGUCAAGCAUGAAAAUCACAACUGAACACAACAAGCGCUAAAGGGAACUGAAACAGAAACCACGAUAGGGCAGGGAGUUAAGGGAGAGGUAAGUAUAAAUACCCUAACCUUUACUUUGAUUAGCCCCUGUCAUAUCCACGCCCCCAAAAUGUGAGUGUAUGGGGAAUGUGGGAUGACAGGGGCCAAUGGGAGACCGUUGUAUUUUUUGGCUCCCACAGCCCCUUUAAGAGCGUGCCCGAGACACGCGUCACGCUCUUAGAGCCUGGCGGGACAUGUGACCGCAUCUCGCGGUCCGUGCCUGCCUUCAUCCGAGAGCCAUGCGUGGUGGGAAGAGAGGACCUCGGCCGGCCCCCGGGUAAGGUAAGUACCGCUACAGGUCCUCAACAGGAGGUCCCCAGAAGAACAAUGACAUUGCAACAUACUAGGCGCCACGGUGUCUGUACCUGAGCAUAUAAUUUAAUUAGCGGCCAGACACGUCAUUACCGAAUGACAUUAUUACAACAAAAACAGGGUUCCCGUGCACACAUCCCCAAACCAAUGCUGUCUGCUGUCCAAACUUUCUUCUGAGCUCCCAUUCUGCCCAAAAAGCAAUGGGAUCAGAGGUGGCUAGCCCGAUGUAGCUGGAAGGGAAGUUUUCACUGGGCUGCAACAGUCCUCCAAUCCACAGUUUUACGUGAGAAAUCCUGGUCACCUAAAAUGAUGCCGCUUUCAGUCAGUACAUGGAGUUCCCUCAAGUCUUUGGCACUGUUUAAUGCCCUUCAAAUAGCACCCUGUUUUUUGACUCUGGGACAGAGAGCACCCUCGACAAAGUUUUACAGGCAACUCCACACGCCGAUUAGGUUAAAGAGGGUUUGCAGGUUGCUCUCGGUGCUUCUAUGUGUCUCAUGCCAGUCUGUGAAGACACCUGGGCCACUGGAAUAGGCUCUGGGCUUGGCGGGCCGAGUUGGAGGGGUAAAAUGUGGUGAUUAUACUUCUUUUUAGAUUGAGGUGGUGGUUUGGUAGCUUCGUACCCAGUCCGGGGUGACCGGGUGGUCUUUCACACUAACAAUCUGUAAAAUUACAUUGUGGCUCAUUGUUAAUAUACACGUAUUUUCACAUGUGUAUCUAUAUCUUUGGUAACAUAGCUUUUUGCAAAUCUGGUUAUGGAAAUUCUCAUUAAAAUGGCUUUCUGUUUUUCCAGUAAUUACAUCAAAGGAUCUCCAGAAACAUGGGAACAUUUGGGUGUGUCCAGUAUCUGACCAUGUCUGUACUCGAUUCUUCUUUGUGUAAGUAACCUUAGUAAGGCACUCAGUGGCCACCUGAUGAAUUGAACUUGUGUCACUACUCCACUUAGAAGUGAGAAUGAUCUUCAUCUUUUCUAAGUAGCAAGUGAAGGGUACACAAUGCACAUUACGUGUGCAAGUAGUUGCUUGGGCCCUGGACAUUAGAUAAGGGUAAUAACAGUAUUCUGUUCUUUGAAUGUCAGAGCGAUUUCACUUGGCAACUGUCAGAUUUAUUUUGUGACCAAAAAAAUCACUCAACCUGAAACUGAGUGAAUUAUUACAUUAUUCUGCAUGCUCACAUUCACUCAGUGUCCCUUCCAUUAUUCUGUAUUUACUCAUUUUUUCCCCUCUCUUAUUCAGUAAACACUCACUGGAGCUUCCGUUAUUGUGUAUUCACAAAUUAUUCUUCUCUUUAUUCGUUUUGCCCCUAUGCUAUAGGUAUGAAGAUGGGCAGGUAGGAGAUGCCAACAUUAACACUCAGGACCCCAAAAUACAAAAGGAGAUCAUGCGUGUCAUUGGAACCCAGGUGUACAGCAGUUGAGGUUUGAGAACCUUUUGAUCACAUUUAGAAGUAAAGGGAGACUUCAUUCCCCCUAGAACCAAGAGCUUGGAGCAACUCUGGAUCUGUUAAAUCCUCCACAUGUAGAGGACUGAGGAUGAUCUGUGAGACAGGAGAAAUCCCCUCUGACGUGGAAGUCGUGAGGGGGAUCUUGCAAUGAUGAAUCUCUCCCAGAGACAGUCAGAUAAUGUUCAAUGUGGAGAUGAUACCGCCCUGGAACAAUUACCUGAAAUAUGUUGACUUUGCCCCGUGUCAGUCUUACCCCCAAUACUUUUCCAGUCCAUAAGCAUUUCUCAUUUACAAAAGUUUGUUUAACAAAAAAUAAAAAAAUUUAAAAAAUGAAAUAAAUAAUAAAAC